AUGUCGGACUAUGGCGGCGGCGACGAUGACAUGGGGAUGGAGUAUGGCGCGGGAGAGGACAACAUGGACAACCUGAUCGAAGAGGAGAACUUCGUCGAAGACUACGACGCGAACGGCGGCAUGGACGUGGACGACUUUUCUGCCGUGGACCGUCAAAACCAGCUUGACAGCACAGACUACCAGAAUAACGUCGUAGAGAGCGGGGAUGUGGAGGCGCAGACGAGGGCGAAAGCGCUGAAUACGGUGAAGGGGAUCAAGGACAGAAAGAUCCCGACAGACAAGAGGACGACCACGCCGUAUAUGACCAAGUAUGAGCGGGCGCGGGUGCUGGGGACGAGGGCGUUGCAGAUAAGGUAUGCGCCUGCUGCGAGAAGAGAACGAUGGCAUUUUCGCAUUUUAGGCGGGACAAGAAGAGCAAGGCUGACAUGUGACCUAGCAUGA